AUGCUCCUUCGCUUUAUACAGAUGGCCAUUUAUUCACAACGUCUUAAGUCUCAGCAUUCCCUUCGACAUCACGUGACACAACAGUUUAUUUCGAUUAUUUUUUUUUUGUUCUCAUUUCCUCUCCCUUUCUCUUUACUUUCAUCCUCACGGUUUACCUUCCCCUCUCAGGUUCCUCUUCUAUGCCUCAUCUUCCUCUCUGGCUCUCAAUUUACUUUCCUCAUCCUUCUCGGUUGUCUGUAUUUUCGUCCUUCUUCUUUGCUCUUUCUUCACUUUCCUCUUUCUUCACUUUCCUCUUCUUCCUCCUCCUUAGCUCUUUCAUCACUUUCCACCUCUUCCUCCUUGGCUCUUUCUUUACUUUCCUCCUCCUCUCCCUUGUCUCUGUCUUCAUUUUCCUCCUCCUCCUCUCCCUUCCUGGCUCUUUCUUCACUUUCCUCCUCUUCUUCCUCCUCGGCUCUUUCUUCACUUUCCUCCUCUUCUUCCUCCUCGGCUCUUUCUUCACUUUCCUCCUCUUCUUCCUCCUCGGCUCUUUCUUCACUUUCCUCCUCUUCUUCCUUCUCGGCUCUUUCUUCACUUUCCUCCUCUUCUUCCUUCUCGGAUCUUUCUUCACUUUCCUCCUCUUCUUCCUUCUCGGAUCUUUCUUCACUUUCCUCCUCUUCUUCCUUCUCGGCUCUUUCUUCACUUUCCUCCUCUUCUUCCUUCUCGGCUCUUUCUUCACUUUCCUCCUCUUCUUUCUCCUCGGCUCUUUCUUCACUUUCCUCCUCCUCUUUCUCCUCGGCUCUUUCUUCACUUUCCUCCUCCUCUUUCUCCUCGGCUCUUUCUUCACUUUCCUCCUCCUCUUUUCUCCUCGGCUCUUUCUUCACUUUCCUCCUCCUCUUUCUCCUCGGCUCUUUCUUCACUUUCCUCCUCCUCCUCCUCCUCCUCUUUCUCCUCCUCUGCUCUUUCUUCACUUUCCUCCUCCUCCUCUUUCUCCUCUUCUGCUCUUUCUUCACUUUCCUCCUCCUCCUCCUCUUUCUCCUCGGCUCUUUCUUCACUUUCCUCCUCCUCCUCCUCUUUCUCCUCGGCUCUUUCUUCACUUUCCUCCUCCUCCUCCUCUUUCUCCUCGGCUCUUUCUUCACUUUCCUCCUCCUCCUCCUCUUUCUCCUCCUCUGCUCUUUCUUCACUUUCCUCCUCCUCCUCCUCUUUCUCCUCUUCUUCUUUCUUCUUUUCCUCCUCCUCCUCCUCUUUUCUCCUCUGCUCUUUCUUCACUUUCCUCCUCCUCCUCCUUUUCCUCCUCUGCUCUUUCUUCACUUUCCUCCUCCUCCUCCUCUUUCUCCUCGGCUCUUUCUUCACUUUCCUCCUCCUCCUCCUCCUCUCUUUCUCCUGCUCUUUCUUUUCCUCCUCCUCCUCCUCCUCCUCUUUCUCCUCCUCUGCUCUUUCUUCACUUUCCUCCUCCUCCUUUUUUCUCCUCUCCUCUUUCUUCUUUCCUCCUCCUCCUUUUCCUCCUGCUCUUUCUUCACUUUCCUCCUCCUCCUCUUUCUCCUCUUCUGCUCUUUCUCCUCUUUCCCCCUCCUCUCUUCUUUUCUCCUCUUCUGCUCUUUCUUCCUCCUCCUCCUCCUCCUCCUCUUUCUCCUCUGCUCUUUUCUUCACUUUCCUCCUCCUCCUCCUCCCUUUCUCCUCGGCUCUUUUUCCUUUCCUCCUCUCCUCCUCCUCCCCUCCUCCUCCUCUUCCUCCUCCUCCUUUCCUCCUCAGCUCUUUCUCCUCGGCUCUUUUCUUUCACUUUCCUCUUCAUCCCAUCUCUUCAUCCCUGUCUCUAGCCCUCUUUUUACCCUCAUAAAAAGUUCCAAAAGUGAAAAAAAAAUUGAUAGUUUAUUUCUUUUAAAUUUUCUUUUCUUCCCCUCUCUCACGCUUUCUUUCCUUUCCUUUCCUUCUCCGUUUCCCGCUUUCUUUUUCCUUUCCUUUCCUUCUCCGUUUCCCGCUUUCCUUCUCCGUUUCCCGCUUUCCUUUUCCGUUUCCCGCUUUCUUUUUCCUUUCCCGCUUUCUUUUUCCUUUCCCGCUUUCUUUUUCUUUUCCCGCUUUCUUUUUCUUUUCCCGCUUUCUUUUUCUUUUCCUUUCUUUUUUUUUUUUCCCUUUUUUUUUUUUUUCCCUUUUUUUUUUCCUUUUCCCUUUUUUUUUUCUUUUCCCUUUCUUUUUUCUUCUCCCUUUUUUUUUUUUUUCCCUUUUUUUUUCCCUUUCCUUUUUCUUCUCCGUUUCCCUUUCUUUUCUUCUCCGUUUCCCUUUCUUUUUCUUCUCCGUUUCCCUUUUCUUUUCUUCUCCGUUUCCCGCUUUCUUUUCUUCUCCGUUUCCCGCUUUCUUUUCUUCUCCGUUUCCCGCUUUCUUUUCUUCUCCGUUUCCCGCUUUCUUUUCUUCUCCGUUUCCCGCUUUCUUUUCUUCUCCGUUUCCCGCUUUCUUUUCUUCUCCGUUUCCCGCUUUCUUUUUCCUUUCCUUUAA